UUAUUAAAUAAAAAAGCCCUGUAACCCAAUUUUUUCUCUCAAUUUCGUGUUGUGCGUCCCAAAGAUCACACAGUGUCAAGAUCGUGAAAAGUGCGUAUUUAUUUGCAAUGGAAGCCAAAAGGCGGACUCUGCUUCCAAAUCCGAGUCUUCGUGCGAGUUUCCUAUCAUUCAUUACAUUCUUCUAUAGCUACAAUGUCGUUAAAAGGGCUCUAAAGAAAAUUCUCUUCAUCCGCGAUCUGUGGAAGCCAUUAGGGAGAGAGCAAUCCGACAAUCUUGGCUCAAGAUUGGAAAAACAUUGGCGUGAUCUCACAACUAAUCAUUGUAGAUGGCGUCUUCCGAGGGCACUAAUAAGACUCUACCUCCCUGAAUUGAUCAGCAUUUCAUUCUUCAUGACCAUCCUCACCAUUGGCAUUCGCGUAGUGGUUCCGCUAAUAAUAAGACCUACAAUGGCUUAUUUUGCAACAAGGGACAGGAGGUUUUUUCAACUAGCCAUCCAUUGUGCAUCGGCGUACUUUUAUGUAUUACUGGGAAUGUCCCUCUUUGGUAAUUAUUUGUUGUACAGAUGCUUCAAUGCUGGACUACAAAUGCAAACAGCUAUUUGGAGCUUGCUUCAUAGAAAAGCCCUACGAUUGCCGAUCACAUCAAUGAAAAAAGAUAUUGUAAAAUACGUCAGAAAAGGAUUCUUACAAGAUAUCAGCAGAUUGGAUGUCCUGACGCUCUAUCUACUAUACUUGUGGUCAGCCCCCUUUCUUGUCGUAUCAAUUGGAGUGAUAAUGUACCAUGACAUUGGCUACGCUUCUCUUCCCGGCCUCGUAAUAAUUAUCUUAAUGGUUCCUGCACGAAAACUCCUAAAAGUCUGUCGAUACAAAUUAUUUGGACAUUUGGGGAAUAAGACAGAAGUACGCUACCUUAAGACUAAAGAAGUUUUUGAUAAUAUUGAAAUUGUAAAGAAGCACGCAUGGGCCAAUCGCUUUGAGAGUUUUAUAUCGAAAUUGAGGAAGAAGGAAAGGAAGAUUAUUCAAAGCAGCAUCUUUCAGCAUGCCAUCCAUACGGUUCUUAUGAUUUUCACCUCGAGACUAGCUCUUCUAGCCACAAUUGUCACCGCAAUCAUUCUACAGGAACGGCUUAACUUUAUUAAUACGUUUGUCUACCUCUUCUACUUUGAUAAUCUCACGAUUAUCGUCACGCAAAUUAUAACGAGAGCACUAAGUCAGUACAAGAAGAGUUUUAUUUAUUUGAGAGAAAUUGAAAAAUAUCUAGAUCUGGAGGAGAUCCAUCCAAAACAGGCAGAACUCAGGAAGAAGCAUGAGAAUGAAAAAGAGUACGCCGUGUUCCUCAAGAAUGUUGACAGUACGUGGGAUAAAUCGGAUAAAAAGACAGCUUUUAUGCUCAAAGGAGUUAAGUUGAACCUAGAAAAAGGAAGUCUAGUUUGCCUCAUUGGACCUCCGAAGUCUGGAAAGACGUCCCUUCUGCAUACUAUUCUUCAAAACAUGCACAUUACACAUGGAACAAUUAACGCCAAAGGUCCAUUUGGCUAUGCUCCUCAAACUCCGUGGAUUUUCUCGUCAACCAUAAGGCAGAAUAUUAUGUUUGGAAGUAAUUUUAUGAGUUCAAGGUACAAUAAGGUUUUAAAAAAUUGCGCCCUCAUACCAGACUUGUGCGCAAUGACCGACGGUGAUCUCAAAAUACUGAAAGAAGACGAAACGGUCCUGACUGAUGGUCAAAAAUUGAGAAUUAAUUUAGCCCGUGCUGUCUACAGAGAAGCCGAUGUUUACAUAUUUGAUGAUAAUCUCAGCCAAUUACCACCUUCAAUGCAACGAUUCAUCUUCAAUACAACCAUCGGUCCUCAAGGAAUGCUGAAGGAUGCCCUAAGGAUCCUUGUUACAAACGACAAAGAAUUCAUUAAUCAAUCUAAUAUGGUAAUUGCUAUGAAUGAAAAUGGCUUCGAAGAUUGUGGAGAAACGCAAAAAAUUAUGUCUCAAGAACGCAAAUAUAUAAAACCAGUUAAUAAGAAUGCCAGGAGGAAAUGGAACAGGGACCAGAAGAGUUUAUCUGAAGAAUAUUGUGGGAAUAACAUGUGGCCUGGAGUUAAAUCCCAAGAAAAUAUCUACGACAAUGAGCUGGAUAGUGAAGAUGUCGUAGACUUUGAAGGAGAUGGAUAUUUCAACAUUGAAUACUCGUCAGGUCGUUACGAUUCCUUUGUCAGAUACAUAAAAGAAGGAGCUGAAUCGUCAAACAUUAUGAUACUGAGUAUCGCAUUCAUCGUACUUUAUGCCAUAAUUGCAGCUUCGGAUAUCUGGCUGACUUUCUGGAUAACACUUGAAGUAUCAAAGUUUAAAUUACAAAACACAACAGGAUGCAUAAACAGUACGGAUAUAAAUUGCACUAUCUCAGAAAUGUCCAAACUAUACGUCAAGCAUUCAAAGGUCAUCUAUGAGGUGUACGAUCAUGUCAAGGGAGGUCUUAAGUACCCACACAGAUACCAAAGACUUGCUGAAACAGCUCCUUGUUUAAUUGUCUACCUUAACUACAUUGGCGUUACGUUAGUUUUGGCAGCAAUAAUUAAUAUUUUCUUCUCAAAAAUAUGCCUAAAAGCGAACAAAAACUUACACGAUACCCUCCUGCAUAAGAUGACCUCAGCAAGGAUAUCAUUCUAUCAGAGGACUCGCACUGAGAAGAUUUUAAAUCUCUUCAAAAAUGAUAUAAAAAUCGUUGAUAACGUUGUUCCAACUUCACUUUUGGAGAGUAUCAAUCUCUUUCUUUGGAUCACAGGAUGGGCCUUAACAGCAGUCUACGCAAAUUCUUACAUAACAAUCUACCUCGUAAGCAUCCUCGUUCUAUUCUUUAUUGCCCAAUGUUGGCUUCUUAUAACCACAAAGCGGCUGAAACAACUUCAAGAUAGCAUGAAGUCAAAACUUUCACGGAGAUUUGGCGCAGCGCUUGAUGCUAUGAGCAUAAUACGGGCUUUCAAAGUAGAGGGUGUAGUUCAAAGGGAUUUUGAUGAUUCGCUAAACAGCCAUUCAUCAACAAAACAAACCUUCUUCGCAGUUUCAUCAGCAUUCUCCGUUAUCCUCGAAACAGUAAGUGUGAUUUCAAUAGGGAUUAUUAUUUAUGAAACUUUCCAUGGUACUCUACGGAUCAAUGGAAACUUGAUGACGUUCACAAUUAUGCAAUUGGCCGGUUUCACUGGAAUGUUGGGAUGGUCUCUCAAACAAACAGCAGCAUCAUCCAAUGAGCUAACAUCCGUUGAACGAAUCAUGAAGUACUGCAAUGCUGAGCAAGAAGAAGAUCCACCAAAACCCGAAAAAAUCCGCAGAACAUGGCCAGAAUGUGGGAGGAUUGUUUAUAAAGAAAUGUCGCUAUCAUACGAAGAGAACGGUGAAGAUGUUAUUAAGAAUAUCUCAUUCAAUUUUGGAGCUCGUGAGAAAGUAGGAAUUGUAGGUGAAAGUGGCGCAGGGAAAUCAUCUUUUGUCAAUGCAAUCGUUCGCAUGGGACAUGUAAAGGGACUUGUUGAAAUUGAUCGAACAGAUACAAGUCGAAUUACCUUGGAAGAUCUUCGUUCGCACAUAACUACACUCACGAGAAAGCCUGCAAUCUUCUCAGGGACAAUUAGAAGUAAUUUGGAUCUUUACAACGAAUACCGACAAGAUGAUAUAAUUUAUGCUCUUAAGGCUGUUAAGCUCGAUUCGUUGGACCUUAAUAUGGUGGUUGAUCACAAUGGAGAGAACUUGACAUUCCAACAGCGUCAUUUACUAGCUUUCGCUCGUGCUGUGUUGUACAACAACAGAAUCAUCAUUCUAGACGAAGCUCUAUCAGACUUGGAUGAUGAGACUCUGGAAAUAGUUAAGGAUGUGUUGGAUGACUAUCUCGAUGAAAGUACAAUAUUUCACAUCACCAAACAGUUGGAGCAUGUGAUGUAUUCUGAUUGUAUCCUUGUGAUUGAGAAGGGAGUCUUAGUAGAGAAUGGACUGCCGUACCACCUUUUGCAGAGAAACGGAGGCGAAUUCAAGAAAAUGGUUCAUUCUUAUAAGAAAGUUAGUCCUGCUGAACUGAUUGAAAUUGCAAACUUAAAGGUCAUAAACCAUCCAUAUCUUAAGAUUGAGUAAAUUUAUAUUGAUUCAUUUUAUUUCUUGUAUUAAAUUAGUGUUAAGUGAUUA